AGAAAAUAACUUCCCUUCUUUCACUUUCAUGACAUUUGGACUGAACAUUUGUUUCCUUUGUGCUCACUGUUGAAUUUUACUUUCUAGGAAAGUUGAAAUGAGAAAUAAAAAAACCUGAAGUCUUAAACAUUAUACAGAGGAACAUUGUAGUCCUUUUGCCUUUCUUUUACUUCCCUUAUGGUUCUUACCUCAUCAUGAGUUAGAACAGCAAUGCGGGAGCAGCAAGACAAAACUUGCCCAAUAAGCCACUAAGUGAAGGGAAGUUACAAAAUUCUAAAGGAAAAAUCACAAACAAGUACAGGAGAGAAGACCAAUUACUCCCUGAUGCAGGGCCUUACUGCCCUGCAUUGUCAGAGGGAGACAGAGAGAGGGGAGCAAAGAAGCCCAAUGGAAUCAGCUGCUGUCUAAGUGAACAAUGGAAGAUAUAUGUUUCUCUAAUACAAGCCUUUUAUGAGAGACAUCACUAUUGCCUCCCAUGUACCCAGCUCAGAAGCUUGCAGCAUAACAAGUAUUCUAUAGAUUAAGUAAAAAAGUUGAGUAAUAAAAUCUGUACUUGGCAAAAUAAUUUACUUACCAAUGGUGAAAUGAUUACAAUUGGAUGAAUCCUUCACCUACUUAGACAAAACAAACUUCUGCUACUAGCAUCUGAGGGCCGUUGAUGCUUUUGAGAUCUGGGAACAUGGGUCAAGAGAAGAGGAGGUCAGCACUGAGACCUAGGGUCCUUCACACAAAUGUUUCAGGGGCAAGGGUAAGGGUCCAGGGGGAUUAUUUGUUUUGCCAACAAAGAGUCUAAAGUCCUCAAGAUGUAGUGAGCCUGUCCUCAAGGAGUGAGUCCAGGAGGAUUUAAGGAGAGGACUCUGACACUCUAGGGGAGAGAGUGUUACUAGAUGUGAUAACUACCUUGUGAGUGAGGUGGUGCUGGGAAAAUAAAAUUAUCUGGAAAUUAAAAUCGUCACACCUGUGUGAACCAAAAAAGAAACAGGAUUCUUGCUGGAGGUAUUGGCACAGUCUAAGGAGCACUACAGACCUCCAGUAAUAAAAUUGUGGAAGAAAGGACAAUGUCUGUUUUAGUCCUGACCUUGUGGCCCCAGUGAAGCACGACUAUGUGGUACUGCAGGAAUGUGUUCUAGAAGGAACAGAAAUACCUGAGAAGCUCACUCGAUAAUCAGAGCCUCUGCUGUGAAUCAAAUAGUAAAUAAAGCCCAGUUCUUGGUUCUAAAGAGCUUAAUUGCCAAAGGUGGUCUGGUAAAUCCCUAAACAAAUACAGAAACCCUCAGGGAUGAGGGAGCCGCCUUCUUAUGUAAAAUAAGGAGGGUGAGGAUGGAGACUAGCAUCAGAGCUAAAAUUCAUUCCUGGAACAGGAGACCAACAUCCCUUCUAAUUAGGGCAAAGAUGUUCCUCAUUUGUUAAGUAUCCAUCUGGACUGGCCCAUCUGAAGUUUCCUGGGAAAAUUAAACUAAUAUUGCACAAUUAAGAGUUUAGACUGAUGACAUCUUCUUAGACUAUAAGGAUAAUACAUAAAUGAAAACAAAAAAAGGAAGUACAAGUGUAGAGAAAUGUUUGGAAAAUGAAAAUUGUUGUGUUCCCUAUUUAAAAGCCAUGCUUGACAGAAUGUCCUCAGAGAACCUAGGGUCCCAGGCUCACCCAGACGCCCAGCUGAGGCAGGCCAGCAGCACCCUCGCCUCCCCCAUGGCCCUCCUGCUCCCUCUACUGACAGCUCUGGUGGUGUCCAGCUAUGGCCCCGGCGGAUCUCUGGGCUGUGACCUGCCUCAGGACCACGUGCUGGUUAGCAGGAAAAACUUCGUGCUUCUGGGCCGGAUGAGGAGAAUCUCCCCUUUCCUCUGUCUGAGGGACAGAAAAGACUUCAGGUUCCCCCAGGAGAUGGUGGGUGGCAGCCAGUUCCAGGAGGCCCAGGCCAUCUCUGUCCUCCACGAGAUGCUCCAGCAGAUCUUCAGCCUCUUCCACACAGAGCGCUCCUCUGCUGCCUGGAACACCACCCUCCUGGACCGACUCUGCACUGGACUCCAUUGGCAGCUGGAAGACCUGGACAGCUGUUUGGAGCAGGUGAUGGGAGAGGAGAAAUCUGCCCUGGGAACUGAGGGCCCUGCACUGGCUGUGAAGAGGUACUUCCAGGAAAUCCACCUCUACCUGAAAGAGAAGAAAUACAGUGACUGUGCCUGGGAAAUCGUCAGAGGGGAAAUCAUGAGAUCCUUCUCUUCAUCCAGAAAUUUGCAAGUAAGGAUAGGACUUAAGGAUGGAGACCUGGGAUAUUCUUAAAAUGAUUCUCACUAAGGAAUAGGCCAUAUCACCCUUGCACAUAUGUCAUCAGUCAUUUGAAAAGACUCUUAUUUCAACUUUAAUGACAGCGUUAAUUGAAUUAACUCAGCUAAUACUUUGUCAAUACUAUUAAGCAGUAAUAUGUUAAAAAUACUCAGCUCCUGGGGCAUCAGUCCCUAAGAGAGGCUGCCCUUUUGUUAUUUAUUGUUUGCUUGUUUAUAUUUAUUUUUUUACUUUAAAUACAUUUUAUAUUUAUAUUUUCAUUUAACCAAUA